UGGUCUCCCUCCCGGGGGCGUAGUUCCCGAUGACAGGUCUUGUUUUGCUAGUUAAACGUUAGCCAUGUCGCCAGGGACUUGUUGCGGACUCAUUCGCUUCGUUUGCUCGCAAGCUUGACGCACUGGACCGGAUAAGAGCGUUUGUGUUUAACGUCGGCAGCCGCCCGUUGCCGGGACACGCAGCUAUUAACUGACUUCCAACGAUGGCGUUUACCGCGGCGGUGACCGCGGACGAGUGGCCCUGACGACGCGAUUCAACCGGAUGAGUUGGCAACGAUGUCCUUAAAAUCAACCAAAGUGGCCCCGAGUGUUGACUUCGACCACAGUUGCUCCGACAGCGUGGAAUAUUUGACGCUAAACUUUGGCCCGUUUGAGACCGUUCACCGCUGGAGACGACUGCCUCCGUGUGAUGAGUUUGUCGGCGCAAGGCGCAGUAAGCACACUGUCGUGGCAUACAGAGACGCUAUUUACGUGUUUGGGGGAGACAAUGGAAAGAACAUGCUGAACGACUUGCUCCGUUUUGACGUGAAGGACUGCUCGUGGUGUCGGGCCUUCACCACUGGAACUCCACCUGCUCCCAGGUAUCAUCAUUCGGCUGUGGUCUAUGGCAGCAGCAUGUUUGUUUUUGGGGGCUACACUGGAGACAUCUACUCAAACUCAAACCUAAAAAACAAAAAUGACCUGUUUGAGUACAAGUUUGCAACGGGGCAGUGGACCGAAUGGAAAGUGGAGGGCAGCUUACCAGUGGCUCGAUCUGCACACGGGGCCACGGUCUAUAGUGAUAAACUGUGGAUAUUUGCUGGCUAUGAUGGGAAUGCCAGGCUGAAUGACAUGUGGACCAUCAAUCUACAAGAUCGAGAACAUGCCUGUUGGGAAGAGAUUGAUCAGAGUGGGGAGAUUCCUCCAUCUUGCUGCAACUUUCCUGUCGCCGUAUGCAGGAACAAGAUGUUUGUGUUUUCUGGUCAGAGUGGAGCCAAAAUCACCAACAACCUCUUCCAGUUUGAGUUCAAGGGCCACAUGUGGACACGGAUCCCAACCGAACACUUACUGCGGGGCUCCCCACCACCUCCCCAAAGACGUUACGGCCACACAAUGGUUGCCUUUGACCGUCACCUGUAUGUGUUUGGCGGUGCGGCCGACAACACCCUGCCCAACGAGCUGCACUGCUACGACGUGGACUCUCAGAGCUGGGAGGUGAUCCAUCCCAGCAUGGACAGUGAGGAAAGACUACCAAUAGACAAUAGGAGUGGCGGAAUGAUACCACAAAUAUGUGAAAAGCAUAAUGACUUUAACCCUCUUUUGCUCCUUCAGAUGCCCAGCGGUAGACUUUUCCAUGCUGCUGCUGUGAUUCAAGAUGCCAUGUACAUCUUUGGAGGAACUGUGGACAACAACGUACGGAGUGGGGAGAUGUACAGAUUCCAGUUUUCCUGCUAUCCAAAGUGCACUCUCCAUGAGGAUUAUGGCAAACUGUGGGAGAAUCGUCAGUUCUGUGACGUGGAGUUUAUUCUGGGCGAGAGGGAGGAGAGAGUCUUGGGGCAUAUCGCCAUAGUGACUGCAAGAUGUCAGUGGCUGCGGAAAAAAAUCCUGCAGGCUUGGGAUAGGCAGCGACAGAAGGCCAAGCAGGAGAGCAGCGAGGAAAGUGACGAAGGGUCAGCUGGAAGUCCGAGGGAUCUGCCAGCAGCCAGCAGGCCCAUGCUAGAGGUGUCCAUCAGAGAAGCCGAGGCCCAGCCAUUUGAGGUCUUAAUGCAGUUCCUUUACACGGACAAGAUCCAAUACCCACGCAGAGGUCAUGUGCAGGACGUUCUUCUAAUCAUGGAUGUAUACAAACUGGCCCUCAGUUUUAAGCUGUCCCGCCUCGAGCAGCUGUGUGUGCAGUAUAUUGAGGCAUCUGUGGAUCUCCAGAAUGUUCUCAGUGUUUGUGAAAAUGCCAACAAGUUGCAACUGGACCAACUCAAGGAACAUUGCCUUAACUUUGUGGUGAAGGAAUCGCACUUCAACCAGGUGAUCAUGACGAAGGAGUUUGAACGUCUGUCCACGCCACUGAUUGUGGAGAUCGUGCGGCGAAAGCAGCAGCCUCCGCUCAGGUUGUACUCGGACCAGCCGGUGGAUAUUGGGACCUCUCUGGUCCAGGACAUGAAGGCUUACCUGGAGGGAGGCGGCCUGGAGUUCUGCAACAUUAUCCUGCUGUUGGACGGACAACCUCGUCCCGCUCAUCAAGCUAUACUGGCAGCCCGAUCAAGUUACUUUGAGGCAAUGUUCCGCUCCUUCAUGCCUGUGGACGGCCAGGUAAAUAUUUCCAUCGGUGAGAUGGUUCCCAGUAAGCAGGCCUUUGAGUCCAUGCUGCGUUACAUCUACUAUGGCGACGUCAACAUGCCUCCGGAAGAUUCCCUCUAUCUGUUUGCUGCACCAUAUUACUACGGUUUUUCCAACAACAGGCUGCAGGCGUACUGCAAGCAGAAUCUAGAGAUGAACGUCACUGUGGAGAAUGUCUUGCAGAUUCUGGAGGCAGCUGAUAACACCCAGGCUCUAGACAUGAAGAACCACUGCCUGCACAUUAUUGUCCACCAGUUCAUUAAGGUAUCCAAGCUCCCAAACCUGCGGUCUCUCAGCCAGCUGCUGCUGUUGGACAUCAUUGAGUCUCUAGCUACACACAUAUCAGACAAACAAUGUGCUGAGAUGGGCUCCGACAUUUAGGAUGACGGCGAGAGCUGGGCUCUCUUUUCCUCCCACAGAAGCCAUACGUCCCUGCUCAACAGACUUCUAGCCAUUCCCCCGUCCCCAUCCGUCCCUCACCGUCAGUACUUUGCUUUAUGUUGGCCGUCGCAUCUCCAGACCCUGGUGCCAUAGACGGCUCUUUGCGGUUUCUCUGGAGUGAAAUCGAUGAAGAAACAGAUUCUCGCUCUAUUACAAUUUGUUAGAUUGUCAAAAGCAAAUCCUUUUUAUUUAUUUUGAUUACAUAGGAAACGUUUGCCAGGUUUUAUUCUCCUCAGUAUUACUGCUGCUGUUUUAAUAGUUAUCCAGUGUAAUAAUUGAUGAUUGAGACACUAUAGAGGGACAAGUGUUGCCUUCAGCGGAUUUCUGCUCCGAUACAUUCUCAGUCAUCUAAACCCAACCCCAUCAAACUACUAUUAAAUGGGUUAUUAUUCAUCUAUAAAUCUGUAUUCGUCACUUGCAUUAUUCUCAGCUUGGUUAUCAAGCCUGGAUUAAAUGUAAGAAAUAAUAUGAAAAUAAUUUUGUCAAUAAGUUUGUCUUGAAGCUAUUUUCUUCAUUUUAAUUGUAAUGUUUCUAUUGGCACACAUUUGUAAUACUAAUCACCUCUUACCACUACUAACGGACAAGCUGUCUAUAUAGCCCUGUGUAUUUAGUGACAUCAGUACGCUGUUAUUAAAUAUUUAUCCACAUGGGUUUCUGGUAUUUAAAGCCUUAAUAAACAUUAUAGAAAAGGA